CCAGAGUUACAUUGUGUUCUCAGGCUAACGGGAAAUCUUCGAGCAGAGCGCCGAUUUGGCCUCUGGAGAAGUCCUGCGUCCUCCAGAUCGCGGGCCCCCUUCUAUCCUGCCUAUUCCUUCGCUCCGUCGCGGCUCAACGUGGCGGGCGACCCGACGCGACGCCGCGCAGUCCGCGCGGCGCGCCGCCAGCCGCCUGACUGGCUGGCGGACGCGGACCUGCUGGAGUGGCUGCUGACGCGGCUGCCCACCUCGGGAGCCCGCGCCGCGUGGCUGCGGCUCGCCUGCUUGCUGCUGGGGAGCGGCGGGCCUCAGGCCCUCCGUGCUGCGCUCGGCGAGGGGCGGCGCCUUGCACCCGCCCCCGCCCUCCGCGGCUCGCCGGGUCAGGGCUCGGGCGGGGGCUGGUGGGCAGCGUCUGGUCAGAUACGAGUGCCCGUGAUGUCGGAGAAGAGUGAAUUCGCCCCAAUGCUUCAUCGCGCAAGGCUUUUGCAUCAUUGACGCCUGUGCGUUGUGAAGCUGACGAGGCACUAAUUGCGGCCGCGCUCGCAAGACAGAGGCUUCUGUCUUGAUUUGGGUGUCAGAGUGCCGUGAUAUAACUGGAAGCCGUGCUGGUGUCCUUGUCAAGGCCUCCGGAGUCACCUGGGCAUGGCAUCUUUGUGUGCGCGCAACACGUUUUGCACCUUGCUAUCGCUUUCGAGCCAUGCUACAUUUUGGGAGGUCCCGGCUUGCUAACUAUGAUCCUGAGUUUGUGGACCGACGCGCGGUGCCCUUUCCCGCAGGGCGUCCGAUUCGCGCGGCCACACGCCGCUCCAGGGAGAAACUGUUCAGUGAAUUCGACCAUUGGCUUCUGAAAGUUGUUGGCCACCCUUGCGUUGCGAGCCUGCUUGAGCAGGCGACUGGAACCCCCCGUAUCAUCAAUGGCGUUAUGGUUGAGUUCGGGCAGUACCUUGGGCGGAUGGAGGCCCCGUGCGGCAAGUAUGCCGACGCUGUGAAUGCAGUGGCCUCAAAGGCGCCAUAGCUCAGGAAGUUGCUCGGCGCUGCGUGGGACCUCGGGCGCCAGUGGGUCGCGCUCGAGCCAGGGAGCCGCCGCGUUGCCAUGCCGCUGGUGGUCCUGAAGGUCCUGACGGGUCUGUGCCUUCUGUGGGGAUGGCCUCGGGUCGCCGUGCUGCUCGCUGCGGGAUUCGCCGGCAUCGUGCGGGCCGCCCAGCUCUUCCUCGACGCUGGUGAUCCGCAGCUUGUUCAGGGUAGAGGGCGAUGGAUGUCUCAGAAGGUGAUGCUCAUUUACCUGCAGGAGCGUGUCUCGACUACAUACAUGUCGGAACUUCCAGCUGCGACCAGGGAUGGGAUUUCUCAGAUGGCCUCCCAGGUCUGGUGGAUGUGGCCCCAAGCAGUGGCCUGGCUUCGUGAGGGGGCCCCGGCUUCGUCUUGGCCUUCCAUGUGGUGUUCCAUGAGACCCCCGUCGUGAUCUUCUCGUUCAUCCAGCUGGGCUUCCCUUGGGUGUUUGCUCAUCGUUUCAAAGUUUCUCUUCCUGGUCGUCUCGGAUCUGAGGCCGAGGCAGCGGUGCUGCGGAGUUCGGGGUGAUGGGGUACUGAGCCUCCAGAGAGGUUAGGACCUCUCUGGCCUGCCCGCAUCGUCCUCCUUUCGUGCGCGCAGGCCUGCAUCAGACGCACAGCGGAACCUUUGGAUAUCUCUCCGGUUGCAGCACAGCGGAAUUAGAGGAGGCGAAUUCGGGAAUAGAAGGGUUGAGGCUUUGGUGAAUAAAGCUAAAGCCAAUCUCCCGUAUUUUCCGUAGUCCUUUCUCUCCCCCGUGACCAGCCUUCGCCGGGCGCUGACUCUGCUGGGCCCUUUGAGCCUCCAGAGAGGCUAGGACUGACUCUCUGGCUUGCCCGCAUCGUCCCCCUUUCGUGCGCGCAGGCCUGCAUCAGACGCACAGCAGAACCUUUAGAUACCUCUCCGAGUGCAGCACAGCAGAAAUAGAGGAGGCGAAUUCGGGAAUAGAAGGGCCGAGGCUUU